AUGGCACAAGACCGCAAAGUUGCCAUCAUCACUGGAGGCGCCAGUGGCAUGGGCCUCGCAGUCACCCAAGCCUUAGCCUCCCGGGGUUCAUGGGCAGUCCACAUCAUCGAUGUCAACCAGACACGACUCUUGGAAGUCUCGAACUCGUCAGCCAAUAUCGCAUCCCAUCAAGCCGAUGUUACAGACUAUACUCAGCUUGCUGCCAUCUUCGACAAAGUCCACGCGUCCCAUCAACGCCUCGACUUCGUCUUCGCCAAUGCAGGCGUCGUCGAAGCACAAGACUUCUACACGCGUCAGGAGACCACGCCUCCUCCCCCACCAAACCUCAAGGUCAUCGAUGUGAACCUCAAUGCAGUCCUUUUGACUUCCCACCUGGCUCAGCACUACUUCCGACAGAGCUCUCAGUACGGGAAGGAUACUCAAAGCCUUGUCUUGACAGCCAGCUGCGGAGCUCUAUACCCUAGCCAUCAGUUGCCCCUGUACACAGCCUCCAAACAUGGCGUUCUAGGCUUCGGUCGUGCUGUUGCGAAGACUCUCUUCCGCGAAGGCAUUCGCGUAAAUGUCAUUUGUCCAGGAGUCGUCGAUACCAACUUGACAGACUGGAAAGGAUUUCCGGCUCAGCUUUUCACUCCAGUGCAAGGGAUCAGCAGGGCGGUUGUGCAACUUGUUGAUGCGAGUGAAGAUUUGGUCGACGCUAAAGGGAAGCGGACUCCGGCUGACAAAUUGUAUAGUUUGGCCGUGGAGGUCAACGUGGACAAGAUGUACGUGAGGGAUAUUCCCGAAUUCUGUGACAAUGAGAUGAAGACCAUUAUGGACUUUACGGAUCCGGAGAAUCGGAAGUAG